GAAGGUUCUUGUUUAAUGGAAGAGCCAAAAGAUAGAGGGGAAUGGGUACAUAUGGUGGAGAAAAGCGAAGAGAACGUAGAACCUACUUCGAGUUCCGAAUUAAGGUUAACUGAGCCAGAAGAGGAGUCAGUGACACCCUUAAAUACAGAAGGUCAAGAAAUGGCUACAAACCAGGAAGACUCCUCUAACUUCGAGGAAGAUCCGCACGAACACUGGCAUAACAAUUUGGAGAUGGAAGAGGUCGAAGGCAGGGAGAACAAUGCCGGACUACCAAGUGAAGAGUCGACAGAAGCACGGGCUGCUUUAGAAAACGACACAGAUGGCUCUGAAGAGAAUGUUUCAACUUCUGAACUGGCAGAUGAGGGAAUCACUGUCACGCAACAACAGGAUCCAAGCUUGUCCUCAAACGCAGAGGCAGAGACACAUCAGACCAACGAACACGGUUCGUAUGGUGAAAAUUCAAAGAUUCAGCCUCUCGCAAAGUUAAUAGAGCAAUCGUUGUUAAAGAUUACGAAGCUAGCUUCUAGUAGAAAAUACAGGAAAUUAAGGAACGUUUGCAAGGAGGCUGUUGAAAUCGUCAAAGCGGAUGCCAGUGAUAUUGGUAACGAAAAGGUUUUUGAAGCUUUACUGUUAGGCUGUGAUUCAGGAAAGACUCAAGUUGUAGUUGUUUCGUUGGAUACUUUACAAAAACUAAUUGCGUAUGGCUGGAUUCAAGCUAAAGCCUUUCGUGACAAGAAGGAAACGCGAGUUGUAGAUGAUGUCGUAAAGUCAGUUUGUGAUUGUUUUCAAAUGAAAGAUGACUCUAUCUUUCUUCGAAUGACGCAAAUCUUGUUAAAUAUAGUUUCUGGACUGUCGCCUGAAGUUGGCAUUCACGAGGGAAUAUUAGUCUUUAACGUAAGGACUCUUUAUAAUAUUCACUUAAGUGCCCGCUCCUCAAGUGUUCGAACUAUUUCACGAGCUGCGCUGACACAAGUCUUGGACACAGUUUUUUCACGUAUGGAGAAAACAGUAGCGGAGGGGAAUAGACCUGCUUCGUCUUCGGAAAACGGAAACGAUGAUGUUGUAGAAAGUCGACUUUCAUUUAAAGUUCCGGGUGUUGAGUCGGAAGACUUGAAGGAGGAUACUUCACUUGACACAGAGCCUUUACAGAAAAGUGAUAGAGCAUCUUAUAUUAGAAGCAUUGAGGAACCAGAAUACGGCAGUGAGAAAGUAGAAACCUCAAGUGUUACUACAAAUGAAAAUAAUGGAGUCUCUUCAAAAAUUUGGGAGACUCAAACACAAAAGGAAAGAGUCAAGUCUGUAACGGAAAAUGUUGUUACAGAAAGUGUGACCGAGUCAUCAAGUGAGACAUUUCAUUAUGAGGUAUUAGAAAGAGAUGCAUAUCUUUUAUUCCGAGCACUUUGCAAGCUGUCUUCCCGUGAGCAGAGUGAGUUAUCGUCAUCAACAUCAUUGAGUACUCGUUCCAAAAUUCUCUCAUUAGAGUUGAUUAAGGAGAUUAUUGAAACAAGUGGCCCUGCCUUCCGUUCAAGUCCUCGGUUUGUUUAUGCCGUCCGUAACUUUCUUAUUCCUUCAUUGCUUACGAAUUGCGUGGCACCAACAAUGGCAAUUAUGGAAUUGGCACUAUCUAUUGUAGAAUUGUUGCUUUACAAACUUCGUUCUUGUCUCAAGUGGGAAAUAUCUGCAAUUUUUCACACGGUGAUUUUUCGGUAUUUGGAGUCAGCCACCUCCACACAUGCUCAAACCAAACGAGCAUUGCUUUUAGUGAAUAAGUUAGUGAAUGAUCCCCAGUUGCUUGCUGAUUUGUUCUUAAACUAUGACUGUGAUAUCAAUUCAAAUAAUGUGUAUGAAAGGAUUGUGAGUGACCUCAGUAGAAUUAUACAAAAGAAUGCUUCACUAAGUGCAAACUCAGUCUUUGAGGGUGGAGUUGGUUUGAGCCAACCUUCAGAAGGACAACACGCCGCGCAGGAAGUCGAAUUGAGACAGCUUGCUCUCACAGGGAUAUCUUACUUACUUAGCUCAUUAAAGGAAUGGAGCAAACCGCUAAUAUCAUCGCAAAGAGUCCAACAAAACUCGAAUUUGACAGAAGGAAGUUUCCCAAAUUCCAGUGUUACUGAAAUAGUUCAAGGAAUACAAACAGGUCAUUCCGACAACGUUCUGAAUGAGACUGAAGAUGGCUCAAGAGAGGAGCAUUUGGACACAUCUGUUGUGGAAAAGAGACUGCAAAUAAAGCGAGAAGUAGACGAAGCCAUAAGAUUUUUUAAUUUUGAUGCUGAUCAAGGAAUUGAUUAUCUCUGUAAAGUAGGGUAUCUGAGGAGGGAUCCAAAGGAAAUUGCCAAAUUCUUGCUGAAGACUGAAGGCUUAGAUGCCACUAUGGUUGGGCAAUAUUUGGGAGAUGGCAACGAGUUUCAUAUGGAAGUUAUGCACGAAUUUGUCGAUUUACAUGAUUUUGUAGACUUGAAAUUUGAUGAAGCUAUUCGUUUAUUUCUCUCUAACUUUCGUUUGCCUGGAGAAGCACAGAAGAUAGAUCGCAUCAUGGAAAAGUUUGCCAGUCGCUAUUGUGCUUGCAACCCGGAGUUAUUUGCCAACGCAGACACAGCUUAUGUUUUAGCAUACGCUGUUAUUAUGUUAAAUACCGAUGCACAUCACCCACAAGUGAAGCACAAAAUGAGUAAAGAAGAGUUUAUUAAAAAUAACAGAGGAAUAAACGAUGGAGAAGAUCUGCCGGAAGAAUUUCUCGGAGAACUUUAUGAUAGAAUUGUGAAUGAAGAGAUACGAUUGGGAGAUUUCGUGAAAGAUUCAUCUUCGUCAAAGUACACUUCUUCUAACAAACUACAUGACUCAUUUCGUGAGUCAGAAAGGCUUAUGAAGUACACUAAGCAACUUUUUUCAUCUCGUGACAAGAUAAAAAAUGAGAAUCCGAACAAUGGUAUUGAUUAUACAUAUUACUCUGCUACGAAUCCUUUCCAUGGGAAGCUUAUGUUUGAAGUAUCGUGGUGUGCCAUCCUCGCUGCAAUUUCAGUAUUGUUAGAGCGUGCAGGUUCGCAUGAUACAGAUGUUGUGGGUUUAUGUACGCAAUGUUUUCGAGAUGCUCUAGUGAUUGCCUCCAUAUAUGGUAUGGAUACUGAGAGAAAUGCUUUGGCUUCGUCCUUGGCCAAAUUUACUCAUUUGAGUGGUAUUUCUGAUAUGAAAAUCAAGAAUAUUGAAUGUAUUCGAGCUAUAUUACAAGUUGCGAUCUCAGAUGGAGACUUUCUUGGUGAUACUUGGAUGCACAUUCUGAAAGCAAUAAGUCAACUAGAGGAAAUUCGAGCUAUAGCUGCAGGAGAUCCAGAAAGAUAUCAUGUGUCGGAUGCAAAAUCCAAUCGAAUAGAAGAACAGAUAUCAGCAGCCAUUCAGAUGCUUGAAAAGGGCGGAAGUGCUGUUGGAAUUUCGAGUGAAUCUAUAUUGUUUCAAGUGCCUGACAAGGAAACUAAGGAAAAGGAAAGCAGUGAUCAUUCAAGGAAGUCACUAAGACAAAGUGGGCGUUCUAACGUUCAUCACAAUGAUAGUAAUGGUAAUGUUUCGAAGAGUGUGGAUCCGAACUUGUCGUUGGUUGCAUCAACUAUCAAAGAUGAUGAAAUACAAAGAGUCUUUAGCAACUCUGUAGAAUUAUCUUCAACAGGUAUCGCUGAUUUUUGCAAAGCUUUAAGUUACAUUGCCUGGGAAGAAAUUGCUGAAGCCAAAACACCAAGUUUUUAUAUGUUACUCAAGGCUGUUGAAGUCGCACACUAUAAUAUGCAAGCCAGAAUUCGAGUAGAAUGGAAACAAGUUUGGGACCAUUUAGAGCCACUCUUCUCCAAAUCAGGCUGUCAUCCAAAACAAGCUAUAGCAAUGUUUGCGAUAGAUGCAUUGCGCCAGCUUUCUCUUGAAUUUUUAGAAAGGGAGGAACUCUCACAAUAUGCUUUUCAAAGGAGCUUCCUCAAACCCUUUCAACUCAUUUUUGCAAAAACAGUAUCAGCUAAUUUAAAGGAAUUAAUUUUGAGUUGUUUGGCACAGAUAGUCUGUCAGAGGUACAACAGAUUACGCUCUGGUUGGAAGUCUAUAUUUCAGAUAUUGUCUCAAGCUGCAGAGGAUAAGACUACCAAAUGGAAUGUGCAUUCUACUUCAGAUUUUCAUUCUGAAGCUACUGAAACAACCUAUUCUGUUAUGUCACAAAGUUAUCAGUUAUUGGAUCAGAUUCUCCGGGACCAUUUGAAGGAUUCCACCGAUGAAAUGUUUAUAGAAGCUGUCCAUUGUUUAGCUGCAUAUGCGAAGUCUCCACUGUCGGUGUCUAUUUCUCUUUCAGCCAUCAAUCAUUUAUCUAUCAGAGUCUCGUCUCUAUUGGAAGAUAGAUUUGAUGAAAAUAUGGUUUUCGAAGAUGAUUGCGAUCUACAUGUAAAGUUAUGGUUCCCUUUAUUAAUGGCGUUGUCAUCUUGCACAGGUGAUGCACGGGAAUCCGUUCGUUCAAGUGCAACUGAUGCACUAUUUGAAGUGCUAAGACAGUUUGGUAAUAAGUUUUCCCCGGGAUUCUGGAAACUUGUUGUUCGUGGUAUUUUAGUGCCUAUUUUUGAUGAUAUUCGACAUCUUCCUGGGGGAAAUGAUGAGCAAGAACGAAGUCAUAUAGAAGUGGAUCAUAAUAAGCAGUGGGCUGUUUCCACUGGAACCAUGGCUCUGAACAAUCUAAUAGAUCUUUUUGUCAGAUAUAUGCAAUCAACCAAACACCUUUUAUGGGAACUGUUGAAGUUAUUAGAGAGUUGGAUAAAUCAAGAAUCUGAAAAUUUGGCCAGAGAAGGAGUUAGUGCGUUGUCUCGUCUCUCUCGCAAGGGAGGAGAGAGUUUCAGCGAGGAAGAAUGGAUCACGCUUACUUCUUUUCUGGAAACCUUGGUUCAAUCCACGUUGCCACACGAACUGUUUGAUAAUUUGGAGUUGCUUAAUGAAAUGGAGCAGUUACAUUCUAACGGUAUAGAUUCUGAAAGAGUAAAAGCCAAUACAUCCGUUCCAAGUAACCUUAUUACUGAAACAGAAAGGACAUCAUCCAAUGUAGACGUAUCUGGAGGCUCCCGCUUGGAUGAAAUGACUGAGUCACCAGGAAGUUUCCAAACUGUGCCAACGCAAAAGUCAGCAAAAGACAAGGAAGAUAACGAAAAUGAGGUUGUAGUUUUCGUUGAAGAUGAUGAAUGGCCUGGUCCUAUGUGCUUCUACGAAUAUCAUCCAGAAGAGACUAGUCAAAGAGACCGAGCCCAAGAAGAGCUAAUAUCCCAAGCAACCAAGUUUUCUACGGAAAAGGGGAGUUCUUCCAAGUCAGGAAACCAACAUUCUUCUUCUAAUACUACCAAUGCGUUCCAUCACACAGCCAACUUUAAGGUGGUACGAUGUAAAAGUGUAGUGCAGUUGUUACUGAGUCAGUUGAUUCUUGAGACUGUAGAAGAACAUUUCCAUCGUAUCCCAGACGUUGCCAUUGAGAAGAUGAUAUCUAGUAUGGAAACAAGUAUAUCCUUUGCACGUAGUUUCAAUAGUAAUUAUCAACUACGUUUUGCUCUUUGGAAGUCAGGAUUUAUGAAUCAGAUACCCAAUUUACUAAAGCAGGAGAUGAACGGGACUAUGAAUUUACUACAAGUAUUAGGAUGGAUCUUGAGUAACGAUAACAGUGGAAACAAGCGAUCCUCAGAGUUUAUUGAAAAAUUGGAAUUACAUAGAAUACAUCUUUGCCAACAAAUUUUGAAAGAAUAUAGUACCCUCCUGGAAAGGAGCUUAGAGUCUUCUCCCAAGAAAACCGAAGAACAAAGAGAAUUACAAGCUGCGAGUUCCGUUGUAGUGAGUGUUCUUCAUCAGUUGAUAGCAAUGUCCGAUUUUCAGUUCCAGAAAACUUUGCAAGAAAGUUACGAUUGCUUAAUGAACUUGGUACGUAGUGAGUCACCACAAGUUCGAGAUGCUGUUGCCAAGCUGUUGCAAGAAAAAGUCCGUUUGAUGUUUCAUUCUUAAAAAGUACAAUCCAAAAAUGGGGUUUUCAUUUUUUUCCAACCACUGUGUGUUUUGUAAAGUCACUUGUCUCAAGGAACACAAGUCUCCAGUGAAAUGAAUAAAUAUGACAUUAGUAUCGUGGCAGAAACCAAAACUUUU